AUGGCGACGUCGACGGCGACGCUGCUAACGACGCCGUGGCGCUGGACGAAGCGUGUGAGUCGGCGCAAUAUCGAUACGGCGCGCCGGCCAUUAGGGGCGGUGCCAGAGACGGGGUUUAUUAAGCCGGGGCAUUUGCCACGCCACUGUGUUGCACGCGUGGGCGUGGCCGCGGAGCCUUUUCACAUGCAGAACACUGCCGCGCGCGAGGCACCGCCCCCGCCCCGCCCCGCCACCGCCCGUCUCGAGAUUAAACACGGCCAGGUAAACAAGGAGCAGGCCGUGGCUGUUGAGGCGCGCCGGCCAGUUCAAACAGCGGGCCGCUGUUUGUGCAACCCCCGCGCGCGGGCCGUGUGUGCCUUCCGCCCGCACAGAGGAACCGAGCCGAGCUCCGCCCGGCCCUGCCGUCCACCCCUGCCGCGUUAUUUCAUCUCGCCGGGGCGCACGCAGGGGCGGCCGGUUGCCUUGGCAACGCGCGCCGGGGAGGCAGGUUGCGAGGCGAGGGCGGGCAGGGCGCGGCCGAGAUUGCCGGAAAUAACUGGCGUGUCCCGGGGUCAGGCCGGCGCCCUCCUCUCCGGACCCGGAGGAAGCUGCGCCGUCUUGUGGGGCGGCGGCCGAGCUUCCGGUCCGGCCGCAAGCACCGUGUACUACACGCCGGCUUACACCGCGUCCGAGAGGAGCGCCUCGCGUCGCACACAAGGGCCGAGGGACCGCCGGCCACUCUCUGCGUCGCUGAUGCAGCCCAUUUACUUCACCAAGUCCUCCCAGGCUCAAUACGCCUCCGCGAUCGCGAGGGUCACGCUGGCAGGGGCGGAACUCCGCCGGCUGGGUGUCCACAACUCCGCCGGGAGGAGUUGGCGCGGCGCGCAGAACUUUAUCAAAAAAGGUCGUGGAAGAAGUGGAGGAGAUUGUGGCAGCUCAGACAAAGUGGCCUCUCUUGGCGUCGCAGGACGUCGUCGCUGCAACAGCAGCGGCAGCGGCGGCAGGAUCACGGAAGCUAACGUGGCCGCCGCCGCUGCCGCCGCCGCCGCCGCCGCCGCAGAGCCGACGGCCUAA